AUGGUAAACAAUUUAGCAAAAUUACUGAUUCUUGGAUUCGCCUUUGUGGCAUUAGCAUGCGCGCAAUAUGCUCCUAGUUCGGAGUACCUACCUCCUAUUCAGGAAGUAAGUCAGUCUCUAGAAUUAGAUUCACUUUCGAAUGAAUACUUAGCACCUGCUGUAGGAGAAGAAACUGUCUUAGCUGGUGAUGGUUACCGUUACAAAACUGUCCGUCGUCAUCGUCAACGAAGACGCCGUGACGUAAGCGAAUUGACCCAAUACUUGCCUCCCACCCAAGAAGUUGCAUUCGAAGUAGCUGCCCCUUCCAAUGAAUAUUUGGCACCUGCUGUUGAAGAACAACAAACCGUAUUGGCUGAUGAUGGUUACCGUUACAAGACCGUCCGUCGUCAACGUAAACGUCGUGAUGUCAGCGAAUUGACCCAAUACUUGCCUCCCACCCAAGAAGUUGCAUUCGAAGUCGCUGCCCCUUCCAAUGAAUAUUUGGCUCCUGCUGUUGAAGAACAACAAACUGUAUUGGCUGAUGAUGGUUACCGUUACAAGACCGUCCGUCGUCAACGUAAACGUCGUGAUGUCAACGAAUUGACCCAAUACUUGCCUCCCACUCAAGAAGUUGCAUUCGAAGUUGCUGCUCCUUCCAAGGAAUACUUGGCUCCUGCUGUUGAAGAACAACAAACCGUAUUGGCUGAUGAUGGCUACCGUUACAAGACCGUCCGUCGUCAACGUAAACGUCGUGAUGUCAACGAAUUGACCCAAUACUUGCCUCCCACCCAAGAAGUUGCAUUCGAAGUAGCUGCUCCUUCCAAUGAAUAUUUGGCUCCUGCUGUUGAAGAACAACAAACCGUAUUGGCUGAUGAUGGUUACCGUUACAAGACCGUGCGUCGUCAACGUAAACGUCGUGAUGUCAACGAAUUGACCCAAUACUUGCCUCCUACCCAAGAAGUUGCAUUCGAAGUUGCUGCUCCUUCCAACGAAUACUUGGCUCCUGCUGUUGAAGAACAACAAACCGUAUUGGCUGAUGAUGGUUACCGUUACAAGACCGUCCGUCGUCAACGUAAACGUCGUGAUGUCAACGAAUUGACCCAAUACUUGCCUCCCACCCAAGAAGUUGCAUUCGAAGUAGCUGCCCCUUCCAAUGAAUAUUUGGCUCCUGCUGUUGAAGAACAACAAACUGUAUUGGCUGAUGAUGGUUACCGUUACAAGACCGUCCGUCGUCAACGUAAACGUCGUGAUGUCAACGAAUUGACCCAAUACUUGCCUCCUACCCAAGAAGUUGCAUUCGAAGUUGCUGCUCCUUCCAACGAAUACUUGGCUCCUGCUGUUGAAGAACAACAAACCGUAUUGGCUGAUGAUGGUUACCGUUACAAGACCGUCCGUCGUCAACGUAAACGUCGUGAUGUCAACGAAUUGACCCAAUACUUGCCUCCCACCCAAGAAGUUGCAUUCGAAGUAGCUGCCCCUUCCAAUGAAUAUUUGGCUCCUGCUGUUGAAGAACAACAAACUGUAUUGGCUGAUGAUGGUUACCGUUACAAGACCGUCCGUCGUCAACGUAAACGUCGUGAUGUCAACGAAUUGACCCAAUACUUGCCUCCUACCCAAGAAGUUGCAUUCGAAGUUGCUGCUCCUUCCAACGAAUACUUAGCUCCUGCUGUUGAAGAACAACAAACCGUAUUGGCUGAUGAUGGUUACCGUUACAAGACCGUCCGUCGUCAACGUAAACGUCGUGAUGUCAACGAAUUGACCCAAUACUUGCCUCCUACCCAAGAAGUUGCAUUCGAAGUUGCCGCUCCUUCCAACGAAUACUUGGCUCCCGCUGUUGAGCAACAGGAAACUCUUUUGGCCAAUGAUGGCUACCGUUACAAGACUGUCAAGAAAUUCAAAGUUCAUCGUCAUUAAAUUACAUACACA